ACUGGUAUAAAUUAAUUUUAAGUUAUGACGAAGGAACCUUCCUCGUCAAAGCCUCCUCAUAUGAUCGAUCGCAAAGAGAAAGAGGUGCAGAAUAAACUUUCCCUAAUUCAUUGCAAUUAGCAUCAGCCAAAUCCCUACCUUACAUCCUUCCCUGUCCUCCCAUCCAAUCCCUAAAUUUCACAAUGAACAAAGAAAAAAUUGAUUAAUUUUUCAUCGAUCCCAUGCAAUUUCUUUGAGAAAAUAUAUCUAAUACCCAGAACAAAAGAAGAAGAAAUGUAUAGCAAUUUCAAAGAACAAGCGAUAGAGUAUGUGAAGCAAGCGGUCCAAGAAGACAAUGCUGGGAACUAUAGCAAAGCUUUCCCUUUAUACAUGAACGCGCUCGAGUAUUUCAAGACCCAUUUGAAAUACGAGAAGAACCCCAAAAUUAGGGAGGCUAUUACCCAGAAAUUCACCGAGUAUUUACGCCGUGCCGAGGAGAUCCGUACCGUUCUCGAUGAAGGUGGGCCUGGACCGGCUACUAAUGGGGGCGCUGCUGUUGCCACUCGCCCCAAAAGUAAGCCCAAGGAUGGUAGCGGCGGAGGGGAAGGAGGUGAUGGGGAGGAUCCCGAUCAGGCUAAGUUGAGAGCUGGGCUUGAUUCGGCUAUUAUUAGGGAAAAGCCUAAUAUUAAGUGGAAUGAUGUGGCUGGGUUAGAAAGUGCUAAGCAGGCUUUGCAAGAAGCUGUUAUUUUGCCAGUCAAAUUUCCUCAAUUUUUUACUGGAAAGAGAAGGCCAUGGAGAGCUUUUCUGUUGUAUGGGCCACCCGGGACUGGUAAGUCAUACUUGGCCAAGGCUGUUGCAACUGAAGCAGACUCUACAUUUUUUAGUGUUUCUUCAUCGGACCUUGUCUCAAAGUGGAUGGGGGAAAGCGAAAAGCUAGUUUCAAACCUUUUUCAGAUGGCUCGUGACAGUGCACCAUCCAUCAUAUUCAUUGAUGAAAUAGAUUCCUUGUGUGGACAGCGUGGUGAGGGCAAUGAGAGUGAAGCAUCAAGACGUAUCAAAACUGAACUUUUGGUGCAGAUGCAGGGCGUUGGAAAUAAUGAUCAGAAAGUCCUAGUGCUUGCAGCAACAAAUACUCCUUACGCGCUUGAUCAGGCCAUCCGCCGGCGUUUUGAUAAGCGUAUUUACAUACCUCUUCCAGAUUUGAAGGCUCGGCAACAUAUGUUCAAAGUGCAUCUGGGUGAUACUCCCCACAACUUGACUGAAAAUGAUUUUGAAAGCUUAGCUCAUCGGACGGAUGGGUUUUCAGGGUCAGACAUAUCUGUUUGUGUUAAGGAUGUUCUUUUUGAACCUGUUCGUAAAACCCAAGAUGCCAUGUUUUUCUUCAAGACACCUGAUGAUAUGUGGAUGCCAUGUGGACUAAAGCAACCAGGUGCUGUCCAAAUUACUAUGCAGGAAUUGGCUGCCAAAGGACUUGCGGCACAGAUUCUUCCACCUCCUAUUUCAAGAUCAGAUUUUGACAAGGUGCUUGCAAGACAGAGGCCAACAGUGAGCAAAGCUGAUCUUGAGGUCCAUGAAAGAUUUACAAAUGAGUUCGGAGAGGAAGGUUGAUAGAUUUAAUGUAACUUUUCACAUUGAUCUACACUAGUUGUAAGUGCAAACACUGUAUUUUAUUUAUAACUUCUGGAUCAUCGAAUGAAUGUUUGACACAAUCCGAAUCUCCUGUUUAUACAGUGUAAAUAAGAUUAUAAGGAAUUUGGCUUAUAACGCAUGAAUAUGAUCUGUACCCUUUUUCUGCAAUAUAAUUUUCUGGUUUUUGAAA